AUGGCCAGAAUUGAGAGGAAAUCAAAGAUGUGCUCAGAAGUGACACUCAGUCUAACCAUUGGUGCCAUUCAUGCAGUGGUCUUAAUGGCUAAGAAUAAGAAGUUUAAGAAGACAACAAACAAACUAUUAGUGGGACAGCCUUUGAGGAAAGCCUUAUCACAGUCCGUUCUCAAGGCAUUUGCCUCCAAGUCCUCGAAAGGUGUGCCCAUUACAGGCCUCUCAGAUAAUAGUGUGGAACCGCAUAUGAAUUGCGGAUCAGCUCAAGAAAGUGCUAUCAAUGAUGACCGAUUGGACAGGGAUUGUAUGGACCACUCGCUGACUCGAGAGCCAAUCAAUUUGGGCGUUAAGAAUGUCCAACAGAUUCUCAAUUGUAUAAAAGACUCGUCACUCGAAGUGAAAGACUUGAUCCUCAAUGAGUGUAAUAUCAUAUACGAGUGCAAAGUCUGUACAAAUCUGUUCAGAAGUUUAGCCAACUUUUUAUCUCAUAAAAGGGUUUACUGUAAAAAGCAUUUCUGUGAGCGAAUGCUUCUCUUCGACUCGACUCACUUCCAGUUCAAUGAUUACGACGACGACAACAACGGCGAAGACCAUGAAGUGGAGGAGGAAGAGGCCGCUGGAGACCACGCGCGGACACCAGAGCCUGUGGGCGGAACCCUUCCCGUCAUUGAAAUUGUUUCUCCGACUUCGAGUUCGGCCACAAAUAGCUCGACUGAAAACAUUAAUCCAAACAAUGAGUCGAUUGUCGCAGAAAAUCGCAAUUUUAUGGAUAAAUGUGUGAAGAAAGUGAACGAAGAGAGACAACGACAAGACGAGUGCAAUGAACUUGAGGUCCAAUUGACGGGCAUUAAGACGAACCCAAACGCAAUGUUUCAAAGCAUACAAAACAAUGAACUGAAGACUGAAUGCAAUCAACAUAUUGUCGAUAAAAAGAAAAUUUUAAGCGAUUUAUUCAAAGACGCAAAGAAUUCGCGACAAUUGAGUGAAAGUCAGACCAUUAAAAGGCAAAGAGUUGAGGAAAUCCUUCCGCCAACCGAUUGCUCGGAGACUGAUGUCAACGGAUGUGACAGAAGCCCAACGAAUGAGACGCCGAAUGUGUGCGAUGUCUGCGAAUCUUCGUUCACUUCAACCAAAACACUGAGGGUUCACAUGAAGACAAUCCAUUCGACGACUCGACUCGUAUAUCCCUGUCCUCUCUGUUCACUAGUAUUCAAACAGCUGUCAAACGCAACGCGACAUUUGAUUCAAAUUCACAAACGGACCAAAACUCAGACAAACAGUUUGAAGGAAAUCAUGAAACAUAGGGCCUAUCAGACGAAUAGCAGUGAAAACAGCUCUGAAGUGGAAGAUAUGAGCGACGAAGAGGUGGAGGAAGAGGUGAUAACUAAUAUGACAUCAAAUGAUUGUGUGAAUCAAAACAAAUGCAUAACUCGUUCGGUUGGAAAUGAGAACUCGAGGCCAACAGAAAGAGUGGUGUCGGCGCCCAGAAAGAGCACGUCCUGUGUCUACAAAUGCGGAAAUUUCUUCGAUUGGGCGCCGGCUAAGAGAUCUCAUGAAAAGAGUUGUCGUAAACGAUUACUCGUUGAGAAUCUGACAAAUGGUGCCUUCGAUGGUUCGUCCAAAACACAGUCAGAGAGCAAUGAAAGCCAAGAGUUGUCAACAGUUCCUAAUCCAUCAAAUUGCUCGUCCUAUGCCUCAUCCACUGCCUCAUCCUAUGCCUCAUCCACUGCUUCAUCGAAUACCACUCCCACCCCACAAACUAACCUUAUUUUGCCGAAUGAUAUUGAGGAGCAAAUCAAAGAGUUUACUGAUCUUAAGUCACUUCAAUGCAUAUACUGUCCGACUCAAGACUUUAUGAAUUUGAAUCAAUUGCUUCAACACGCAGUCACUCACAUCGGCUUCAGUAUCUAUAAAUGUCACGGAUGUACACAUCAGUCCAUCUUUGAGACGGACAUGAAAUACCAUUUAAUGAAUAAUCAUAAUAUCAAAGAACAUAUGAUUGACAAACAUUACCAAACUUUGCCUAAUUUCAAACAACCCAGACUUAUGAUACUUCCCGUCCCAUCGACCAAUAGGGACACUAAUACCAAACCCAGUCAGCCAGAUUCUCCCCAAAGUCCUGAACGCAAUUCUAAACUGAAAAUCCAUUUGAGAACAAGUGCUACAAAAUUAGGCAAUACUUCAAAGAAAUGUUAUGAAAUUGUCGACAAAUGAUUUUUGCAGUAGUUGUUCGAGAUUU